UACAUACAUACCGCGCCGCCCACGCGAAGCUCCGGACUAAAACAAAGCAAGAACUCCUCGCGGCGUCAGUUCACUCGCGAACUUUCUGUAAGAAACAUCUGCGAUUCACACAAAAAUCACACACAGUGCAGUUUACUUGUGAUCCCAUACUCCUUGCCAGAUAAUUAAUUAAACACAAAGAUGUCCGAGAGCAACGUACUCGAGCCCGGCCAGCAGCUCGUCAAAAAAACGAUGGACAACCUCAUCCAACAGAAGACCAACGAGAAAGUCACCAUCGAGGCCCGACAAGAGUUCAGCGAGUCCUACGAGGAGUCCUACGAGGAGGAGUUCGAGGAAGAGACGUACAUCGACGAGCACGGGAACAAGACCACCAAGACCAAGGAGUCCAGCAGCGAGAGCAGCGAGCACACCAAGAGCGCCGACGUCAAGGUCAAAGCCACCGGCCUCAACGCCGAGCAGAUGAAGGCGCUCACGGACUGCGCCAACCAGGCCGGCCAGCUCGCGCUCGACUCCAAGCCCGCGCUCGACUCUAAGCCCGCGAUCGACUCCAAGCCCGCCAACUAAAUAUUGUCAUGUGAAACGAAUGAAAGUGUCAAAAGGGUGAUAAGACUGUGUCCAGUGUUCCUCUGUUUAAAUCUAUAUUUUAUAAUUGUAAAGCUACGCAGUAAACGUACGAGUAUGAUGUGCAUCUUAUAGUGUCGUGCCCGGAAAGUGAUAAACCCUAGUCGAAU